AUGAGUCAUCAAAUCGCACCCGGACAAACUAUGGCCGAAAUAUACAGAGGAGUGAUAAACGAUGUGAUCGCACAGAUGAAGGAAACAUUCUUGGAUGAAAACGUGGACAUCGAUGUCCUUCAACAAAUGAAAAAGGAUUGGGAAGAUCGUGUCCGUCAGUCUCACGCCGUCGAUUUGGAUGGACCUAAAGUCCCUGCUCAACAGAAUCUCCCCCCUCUUCGUGCGAAUCAACGACAAGUGACUCAAGCGAUGCCUCAACCACAAGCUACCCGUGCUCAACAGCAGCCUGCUACGCAACAAUAUCAAAGUCCACCAAAACCAACGCCCAUCGCUCCAGUGAACUAUGCAAAUAGGCCUGUAGCAGUUGUGAACAUGCCCCAUCAACAACUGCUUGGACACCAAAUGGAACAGCCUCAGGCUCGAGUCCAGCAACAACCACAGACUCAACAGCCCGCAGCAAUGUAUAUGCAGCAAGCUCAACAACAACAAAAUCAAUUGCAUCAUUUUCAAGGACUUCCGAACAAUGUGGUGCAGAUUCAGGCACUUCAGGCUCAAGCUCAAGCUCAGGCCAAUCAGCUUCGGAUGUUGCCAAAUAACGCUCAACCACAGCAACAAUUUCUUAUGCACAAUGCACAAGGGAUUCCACAACCAGUGAUGAUUCUUGGCGGUCAAGGACAACAAUUCUUGGCAAACACCAAUUUUGUGGGCCAGGUGGGCCAGCGGAUCGUUCUCCAACCACAGCAACAGACACAGGGUCAGCAACAGCAACAGUUGGGCCACGAUCAACAACAUCAUAUCCGACAAAUCGAUGGCCAAAAUUUCAUAGAAGAAGAGAUCAUCGAAGAUAUGCCUGGAACAAGCCACUCAAACACGCAAACGGUUCCGCCAAGAUUGAUUCUUCGUAACUUGAAGGAUCUCCAGAAACCAAAGAGAGUGAAGGGUAAAGAGCUAAACGAGUUGCUAAAACGUCUUGGUGGCGUAGUACAAGUCGAUGGUAACGGUGGAAUGACAGAUAGCUCAAGUGAAGACGAGGAGGUGGAGGAGGAGGAUCCUUUGCAGAAUAUCGUAAAUCGGAUCGAUGACAAGGGCGAGGGUGAUGAUGAAGAACAGACAACCGAUGAGGCUCCUCUUAAUUCGGGCGAUGAUCAAUCGGAUGAGGAGGAUGUUGAGACACUUUUUGCGGCUGAGAACAUUGUCGUUUGCCAGUUUGAAAAGGUCGGUCGCACUCGUCAAAAAUGGAAGUUUAAUCUGAAGGAUGGAAUCAUGCAUAUCGCUGGCCGCGACUAUUGCUUCCAAAAAUGCACCGGUGAAGCCGAAUGG